AUGCCUUGUCUUGAUCGAGGAACCACAAUGAGAGACAAAGACGGACCAGUGGUGUUUGUUGGUGACGAUGAAUUUCAGUCGAUUGAAGUGAGGGUGACUGUCACCAAUCGAGGGGGAGACCCCAGCUAUGCCACCAGUGUGCGCGUCUCCUAUCCCGAGGAAUUGCUCGAUCUCAACACAAGCUCUCGUGACUGGUCUAGUAGCCGUGUCAUGGUUCCCUACCAUCUGAGCUUUCUGGCCUUCAGGGGUCCAACUGAAAACAAAUUUGAGGCUGGCAACAAGUCGCUCCCGAUGCUCUUCCCAAAGCUCUCCGGGUCCUCGACCAGUCCUCGUGAGACCGGGGACGGCGUUGUGCCACUUCGGGAAUCCACUGCUCGCGUGGAAGAAGACUACGUGUGCCUUGCGAUUCAACGUUUUGGGGCAGCAACUAACAAAGGCCCCAAAGGCCAGUUGGUUGAAACGCAGCCCAUGCCAAGUCUACCAGUCCUACACCGUCGGCCAGGCGACACCGGGGUGCAAACCCAUGCGUUUUACCAGUCGACCGCAACGCAAGCAGUCAGCAAAAGUCCAACGUUUCCUCCAAAAAUCCUGGCACCCAUGGCUGACGUCUUAACCGUGAAGGUCAAAAUGAGUGUCAACGUUACGAUUUCAGGGGAGGAGAAAUACCAGUUAAAACAGCACCUGGCAAACGCUUCGCCUUCAAGUGCUAUUUCCAAUCUCGGUCGCCUGAUUCCGAACGAUGUCGCCUUUGUGUGCCUUGCACCACGUGUUGAGUUCCAAGAAAUACUGCCUGAUGCUGCCUACUACAGUGGAAACGUGACUGAUGGCAUCCUUGUUAACAACGGUGAAAAUAAAAUAGGCGCUACGCGUCUUCUCGUUCGAGUCAGAGUGCAAAACCUGCGGAAGCACAGUUUAGUCCCCAAUUCUCGGUUGGUAAUUGACUGGCCCUAUGAAACUGCGGAUGUAGUCAACGAAGAAAAUGGAAAAUUUCUGUUUUACCUCCUUGAAAAGCCCUAUGUGACAAAGACUGAGUUUCCAACGUCUGCUAAUACAACCAUUGUGUGCGACUCAAGGGCUCUUGACAAGCUCGUGAACCCCUACGGCUAUCGGGUUUUCAAGUCCUUGAGGCCCCAGCCACGUGGAGAUCCAGUAGCCACGGCACAUGUUGACCUACCGCCUAACCACCCAACGAAAUAUCCCCAACUGAAGUCGAAACUUGAAAUCGAUGAAAUGCCGGACCAGGGUAACGUGAAGCGCUUCACCACCAGACUGAGCUGCUACAACGGUCAACUGAGGUGUGUGCCGAUUGUCUGCGAUCUGGGUCCUUUGUCCUAUAGAGCAGGAGCAGUGAGCUUUGAGAUGCCUGCACGCCUAUGGGACAACACAAUGCGACAGGAUUUCAAGGACGUCUUCAUGACGGCGGUCCAAAUUACGGUGACGUGGAGGGCUAGCGUCACCUACACAAUUGACAUGGGCGAUACAGACCACGCCUCGAAUUCCUUUGAGCUAAAGAUAUUCAAUGACAUGGAGCCGGAACCCGUCUACCCCAAGAACAUGCCGCUGUACAUUGGUUUAGCCGUAUUCGCUGGCCUCCUGCUUCUCUCGAUACUCGUCAUCGUCCUCUGGAAGGCGAAGUUCUUUGAGAGGAAAAAGUUUAAACGACGUUUCCAACGAACAAAACCAGCGUCUGAGGGUCCUAAACAGCCAUCGCCAGAGAGUCAGCAUCUCAAUUCACCGGGUCCAUCACUUCAACGACCAGUAAAUAUACAUUUCGCAGGAGAACGGCACGUCUCACUCCACUCACCACCAAUCUCUGCCUACGAUACCAUGAACAGCUAG